AUGACUGAAGAAAAGGAAUACACUCCAACGACUCAACGAGGACUUUUGUGCGAAGCACCGGCAGCUUUAAUCAAACGGUCAGAUUCAAUCACCGAAUGGAGGGAGGGAUACUCAAUGGAUUAUGAUGACAAUGAUGCUCAAGAACAAAAUCUGCACUUAACUGGGGAAGGGAGCUCCAAAGUUUCUCCUGUGUUGCAUUCAUACCCUCUUCCCAAAUUUGACUUUGAUGAUAACUUACAAGAGCAUCUAAGAUUUGAUAGUCUGGUUGAAAACGAGGUUUUUUUGGGUAUCACAAGUCAGGAAGAUAAUCAGUGGAUUGAGGAAUACUCACAAGGACCUAGUGCAAUACCAUUUAAUUCAAGUGUGGCUGAAUCAAGAAGUCAAAAUGUAUGGUCUGAAGCAACAUCUUCAGAAUCUGUUGAAAUGCUUUUGAAAUCAGUAGGACAGGAAGAAAAAGUUCUAGAAGAAACAAUGGCUGAAGAACUGGAUCCUAACUUGAAGCAAUGUGAUGAAAAUGAUCAAGAUGAGUUCCAGGAGAAUUUUAUUGAGCAAUCUCAUGUUACAUUUACUUCUCAAUCUCAAGAGACUCAUAUUUCUCCUGGGGGGUUAGAUUCUGUAGUUGUAGGUGACAAAUAUGGUUUAUCUUUUGGUGAGAAAAAAGUUGAUAACAUAUGUGAUGAUGCAAAUCCGGAGGGUAGUAAUUUGGCAGAUGAAAUGCAAUCUGUCUCCAAGGUUGAAGGUGGAAAUGCAGAUACUUCACAGAAUGUGGAUGCAAGUGUUGAAGAAUGUCAGGAGAACCCUCUAGCAGUUCCUGAAACACUCAAUGAAAAUGAAACUGAUCUUUCAGUGAACUAUAGUAAUGAGUCUGAGCAUAUUGCUAAGAUUCAUGAUGAUGCAAAUCACGUGGUGAAUGAUUUGGCAAAUGAGCCCAUUGUUAUUGAAUUGCAAGAAGAUCCUUUUGUCUCCAAGGUGGAAUGUGGAAAUGCAGGCUCCUCACAGAAUGUGAAUGCAAGUGUUAAAGUUCUUGAAACACACAAUGAAAACACUGAUGAUCUUCCAAAGAGCUUUCAUAGUAGUGAACCUGAACAUAUUGAUAAAAUAUCUGAUGAUGCAAAUGAGGAGGGAAAUAAUUUAGGAAAUGAGUCAUUUGCCAAUGAAUCUCAAGAAGAUCUUUCUGUCUCCAAGGUAGAAGAAGGUGGAAUUGCAGGCUCCUCACAGAAUGUUGAUGCAAGUGUUGAGAACCCACAAGAAGUUCUUCAAACGCCCAUUGAAAACACGGAUCUUUCAAAGAAUUUUAAUAGUAGUGAGCCUGGGCAUAUUCAUAAGAUGCAUGAUGAUGCAAAAGAGGAGGAUAUUAAUUUAGCAAAUGAAUCCUUUGUUAAUGAAUUGCAAGAAGACCUAUCUGUCUCCAAGGUAGAGGAAGCAAGUAUUGAGGAGCAUCAGGAGAAUGAACAUGCAAGUGAUCUGUCAAAGAACUUUCAUAGUAGUGAGCCUGAGCAUGUUGAUAAGCUUUGUGAUGAUGUAAAUCAGAAGGGUAGUGAUUUGGGAAGGGAAUCUUUUGUUAAUGAAUUGCAAGAUCUUUCUGCCUCCAAGGUAGAAGAUGGAAUUGAAGGUUCCUCUCAGAAUGUUGAUGCAAGUGUUGUGGAGGUUCAAGCUAAUCCACAAGAAGUCCUUGAAACAGGAAAUGAAAAUGCAAGUGAUCUUAACUUUCAUAAUAGUGAGCCAGAGCAUAUUGUUAAGAUAUCUGAUGAUGCAAAUCAGGAGGGUAGUAAUUUGGCUAGUGAAUCUUUUGUUAAUGAAUUGCAAGAAGAUCCUUCUGUCUCAAAGGUAGAAGGAAGUGACAACAAUAAUGUUGGUAUCACUUUAUUAUCAACAAACUCUUCAGCUGAAGUGCCUGUUGUAGACAUCUCAAGUGAGGAUGAAGGAGCUGAAAAUAAUGCUUCUAAUAUUGACACUGGAGAUUCAAAUCAGAGCUCGCCUGUUAAGAUUUCUAAUUUAGUGAAGGUGGGUGAUGAAACUCAAUCAUCAGAGCUGGAUGCUGCCUCUAUGGAUCAAGAUUUUACUUUCAAUGAGAGAGGGGAUGCAAGAGAUCCUUUGGAGUCUAAGGAUAUGGACAUAGAUGAAGUUGAAGCUCCUAAUAGCCAAAAGAAUGUUGAACCAUCUUUGUUUGGAAAUGCUACUCCAAACAUUGACACAGAGGAUUCAAAUCAAAGCUCGUCUGUCAAGAUUUCUGGUUUAGCACAUGUGGGUGAUAAAGAAACUCAAUCAUUGGAGCCAGAAGAUGUCUCUAUGGAUCAAGGUUUUACUUUCAAUGAGAGAGGAGACACAGCAUUGCAUUUGGAUUUUAAGGAUACGGACAUGGAUGUUGAUAGAGCUCCUGAUACUCAAAAGAAUGUUGAAUCAUCUUUGUCUGCUGAAGUUUGUGAAGAGGCUAUUGUGAUGGCUCAAGCAUCUGAACCUAAUAUGGCCAUUCUACCUGAUGCUGUUGCGGAUGUGGGAUCAAGUAAAAUAUCAUCUCCUGUGACACAGGAAGCUGAUAUAGUUGCUGAAGACCAGCCAAGAUCACCUAUACUAGGGGUGAGUUUAUUGCACGAUGAUAAUAAAGAAAAAGUUGAAGUAGGAGGAAAUUGCGAAAAAGGGACCCCACAAGUUGAUAGUAGUCCAUUACCAUUAGUUAAAAAAGAUGCAGAUUCUCAUGGUGAUCUUCCUGUUGGAAGCUCUGAUGUGGGCCCAAGUGAACAAACAGUGGAUGUUAAUCAAAGUGGUCUCAAGUGCUCUAAGCCAUUGGAGACAAUCCCUCUUUCCUGUGAUUUAUCAGAAGAGGCCAAUAAGGCUGAUGCUGGAGGCUUACUGGAUCCUAAAGAAUCAAUGGCAGGAGAAGGAGGAGUGGAACCUCUAAAUUUAACAGUCAACAUCUCAAAUGAACAGCAGACUUCUGUUAGUGUAGCCGUUCCAUCUGUACAUGAGACUGAAGGUGGUUCUGCUUCUUUGGAUAAAGAUAAACCUCAAAUUUUCUCAUUUUUAGACACAAAAAGCAUCGAACCUUCUCAAAGUGCAAAAGAUAAGCACGAGGUCACCAUGGAGAAUACACCACUUUCAAAGAUAAGUAAUGAAGGAUAUGGAGGACUUCAGUCGGUUUCUUCAAGUAGUGCUAGAAAAGAAGGAAAAACCUUUACUUUUGAGGUCACUGGACAAACUGGCAUUCAGAAUAUUGAUUUCUCAAAGGUGUCAUCUGUUAGUUCUUCUGGUGGGCUUUUGGAUUCUAACAAACCCCAUCAAGACUCUCUGGUUACCCCUCAAACGCCUAGUGUUGCACCCGUUGAAUCAGGAGCCAAAAAAACUUCUGAACGUAAGCCAAGAAGAAAAUCAGUUGGAAAAGAAACUGCCAAAAAAGGUAAUCACUCAAAGGAAACAACUCCCACAAGACGUUCAGGAACAGAAAAAUCUCCUUCUUCAUUGAUAACCUCUGAGAAUCAGCCUGAUCUGAAUAUUCCAACCUCUAUACUCCACCAGUCUUUCACAGACACUCAACAAGUGCAAUUGCGAGCACAGAUUCUAGUAUAUGGAUCAUUAAUAUCCGGAAUGUCACCUGAAGAGCCUCACAUGAUUGCUGCAUUUGGACAAUCAGAUCCUGGAAGGAAAGCCUGGGAGGCUGCUUGGCAUGCUUGUAUAGAACGUGUUCAUGGUCAUAAGUCACAAGUCAACAACCCUCUAACCCCUUUGCAAUCACGAUCAGUUAACAGAGAUCCUGAACAAGAAACUAAAACUGAUUCUGCUCAAAGCAAAGUUCUGUCUACACCUAUUAUUACAGGAUCAAUUGUUAGUCUGAGUCCCAUGAAUCCAAUUCCUUCUCCUCUUUGGAAUAUCUCUACCCCUCAUGAUCGUUUGCAGACUAAUCCCACACCAAGAAGUGCUAUUUUUGAUUAUCGCCAAACACUUUCUCCUCUUCAUCCUUUUCAGGCUCAAAGGGUUCAGACUUUCUCUGGUCAUAAUCAAUCCUGGCCAUCUCAGGGGCCUUUCCCUGGUCAAUGGCUUGCUUCUUCACCACUUUCUCCAUUCAAUGCUCGCUUUUCUUCACUUCCUAUAACUGAAUCUGUAAAACUAACCACUGUUAAAGAAUCAGGUGCUCCAGGGUUAUCUGUAACUCCUGUGGACCUUACUUCUUCUCCAAUCCUUUCUCCUAUCCCACCUUCUUCCAUAUCCCACAUCAAGAACACAAUCGUUUCAUCUACUCAACCUUCAAAUGAUUCAAAAACCAGAAAAAGGAAAAAACCGACUCCUAAUAUUGUGGACUUGACUCAGACACCUGUUUCUUCUCCUCCACCUGUCCCCUUCUCCACACCUGUUUCCAUCACACUCAAAACCAAUCAGUUUCUCUCGGCUUUAUCUCCUGAAUCUACUCAUGGUCAACCUAAACCUGUUGACCGAAACACAGAGAAAACUGUAACCAAAGAGGAAAUCAUGACCAAAAUUGAGGAGUCCAAACUACAAGCAACAGAAGCUGCUGAACAUGCUGCUGUUGCAGUCACACACUGCCAACAUGUAUGGAGCCAAUUAGAAAGACAAAAGAGUUCUGGUUUGGCUUCAGAUGAUGAAGCAAAGCUAGCUUCUUCAGCUGUUUCCAUUGCAGCUGCUGCUUCUGUUGCUAAAGUGGCUGCAUAUGCUGCUAAAAUCGCAUCAAAUGUUGCAGAACAAGCAAGGUUAAUGGCUGAUGAAGUGUUGUUAUCAAGUAGAACUGAAACUCAUAAAACUACUACACCUGCUUCAGUCAUAUCUGUUGCAAGAGAAGCUGCACGUAAGAGAAUUGAAGCUGCUUCAGCUGCUUCAAAGCAUGCUGAGAAUCUAGAUGCGAUUGUCAAAGCUGCUGAGCUGGCAGCUGAAGCUGUCUCACAAGCUGGGAAGAUUGUUGCAAUGGGUAAACCCUUGGCUAUUAGUGAAUUGGUUGAAGCGGGUCCCGAGGGCUACUGGAAAACUCCACAGGCAUCUAAAAAACAGAAUGUUGAAGCUGCUUCCAGUGAUAAAAAGAUUCAGACUUUGAAACAUGAUGAUUUGUUCAAGAACCAGAUGAUGAUUACAAGCUAUGAAAAUGAUAGGAUUCGUGAAGGUAUUGAUUUGUCCAAAACCAUUGGAGCAGUUCCUGAUUUGGAGAUUGGACCAAGUCAUGCUUCUAAUGCUGCUGCUGACGUGGACAUGAUGCCACAAAGCACUUCACCCACAUGGAAAGAUAACAACAACAUUAAAGAGGGUUGUCUUGUUGAGGUGUAUAAAGAUGAUAACAAGAACAAAGGUGCCUGGUUUGCAGCUAAUGUACUGACUUUGAAAGAUGGAAAAGCUUUUGUCUGUUACACUGAAAUUCCAUCAGAUGAAGGGUCAGGGAAAUUAAUGGAAUGGGUCCCACUUGAAGUUGAAGGCAGUGAGGCACCCAGGAUUCGUAUAGCACAUCCUUUGACCACCAUGCGAUUUGAAGGGAGUAGAAAGAGGGGCAGAACAGUCUUUUCAGAUUAUGCUUGGUGUAGUGGAGAUCAAGUUGAUGUUUGGGUACAAGAUAGCUGGCAUGAAGCAAUUGUUGUGGAGACAAAUAAGAUUGAUUUAACUUCUUUAACUGUCCAGUUUCCUGCUCAAGGAAAGACAUCAAUUGUUAGGUCAUGGCAUGUGAGGCCAACUCUUGUCUGGAAGGAUGACAAGUGGAUUGAGUGGUGUAGUUUGAAAGGACGCCAUUCUUCUGAGGGUGAUACACCACAAGAAAAACGACCGAAGUUUGAUAAAGAAAAGGAGAAAGCAUGGAAUAAUACUAAUAAGAGUAUUGAUGUUGAGACAAGUAGUAGACAUCAAGAAUCAAGGAUACCUACCUUUUCUUCCCAAAAUACUUCCUUUGAUAUAGGUAAAGCCUCCAUGGAUGACAACAAACAGAAGACACGUGGACCAAUGAGGAGUGGUUUUCAAAAGGAAAGGUCACGGGUGGUUUUUGGUGUUCCUAAACCAGGGAAAAAGCAAAAAUUCAUGGAUGUGAGCAAACACUAUGUUGGAGAUGGAAGCAGUAAAAAUAAUAAUAAUAACACCACAGCAAAUAUUAAUCCACUCCGAAAGAUUUUCACAAACGAAUCUAAAGAAAAACAAAUUGCUGAAGCUAAAUCCAAACCACUCAAAACUACUAGAAAACCACCAAUUCCAACGAUUGUCAGAACUUUAGCUCAAAAGGACAAAUCAAAACCCUCUCUGAGUGAUAAAAAUGUUAGUGCUGAUGAAAACAUGCCAGGUCAGCAGCAAAAGGAUAUAGGGUUUGGUUCUUCUUCUUCUUCCAAAGAUGUUCCAUUGAAUACACCAAAGCAAAGCUCAACAUCAAAGAAGGUUGUAGUAUCUGAGCGUUUAAACAAGAGGAAAAUUCCAUCUGGUAAUGACAAGUCAACUAAAGUGGAAGUCAAAGACAAUUUGACUUCAGAAUCUGAACCACGGAGGUCAAAUCGUAAAAUUCAGCCAACUUCCAGGCUUCUAGAAGGUUUACAGAGUUCAUUGACUAUCUCAAAGAUGCCUACAGUUUCAUAUGCAAGUCAAAGAAACCACAACAAGAGUAUGUCAAAAGGGAGUCCUAGACCUGGAUGAGGCGAUUUCUCCAAAGUGUGUAAUUAACGAGAGAUUGUAGAACUAGAUAUUACAGUGGUUACCAAGGUCUUAAAACGCAAAGCUUGUAGAAGAUGUUUAUAUAUUUACCAAAUUGCCCCUGAUAGGCGCUAUAUGGACCUUGUAUGGUUACAGAUAUCAUUAAAAAUGGUGGUAAAGAGUUUCAGACACUAAAACCUUGACCUUGUGAUUUGAUCUUAUUCUGUUUGCAUUCAGCUUUUGUUGUAUAAAA